AAAACAAAAAAAAAGAAAAAAAUUUAGUUUAUUGUGAAAUUAUUGUUGGUUUUUGUUUAAAUGGGGCCGCCAAAAAAGUCGAAAAAGGAUCGCAGUGGCUCGGACAAGUUCGCCAAAAAGCGGCGUGCCGAGGAUGAGGCCUUCACCCAACUGGUGGACGACAACGAUAGUUUAGAUGCCACGGAAUCGGACGGAGUUCCUGGGGCAGCCUCCAAGAAUGCCGAGACCAAUGAUGAGCAAAUCAAUACGGAUGAGUACGGGGCCAAGGACUACCGGGCGCAGAUGCAGCUGCGUCAGGAUCACGGCAAUCGUCCCCUUUGGGUCGCUCCCAACGGGCACGUCUUCCUGGAAUCCUUUUCGCCCGUCUACAAGCACGCCCACGACUUCCUCAUCGCCAUCUCGGAACCCGUCUGCCGACCCGAGCACAUCCACGAAUAUAAACUCACCGCCUACAGUUUAUAUGCCGCCGUUUCGGUGGGCCUGCAAACGCAUGACAUUGUCGAGUAUCUCAAGAGAUUGAGCAAAACCAGCAUUCCCGAGGGCAUCCUGGAGUUCAUCAGACUGUGCACUCUGUCCUACGGCAAGGUCAAGCUGGUCUUGAAGCACAACAAGUAUUUUAUAGAGUCACCGCAUCCCGAGGUGCUGCAGAAACUACUUAAGGAUCCCGUGAUCCAGAAAUGCCGACUGAUACGCAGCGAAGGCGAGGACUUUAUCCAGGGCACGCUGGACGGCAAGGCCAUCACCCAAUUCGGCACCAAGUUGCCGCCAGGUGCCGCAGGGAAACCCGCUGAGGAUCCUGCAGCAGCCACUGGAGGUGCAGCAGCCGCAGAUGGAACAACGGCGGUGCCGGAGGACAUAACCGACUUCUACGAGAAGAUCGACAAGGAGGAGGAGGACGAGGAUGAGGCCAAUCUGAAGACCGUUUCCUUUGAGGUGGCCCAGGAGAAGAUCGAGGUGAUCCAGAAGCGCUGCAUCGAGAUCGAGCAUCCACUGUUGGCAGAGUAUGAUUUCCGCAACGACACCAACAAUCCAGACAUCAAUAUAGACCUCAAACCGGCGGCCGUUCUGCGUCCAUAUCAAGAGAAGAGUCUGCGCAAGAUGUUCGGCAACGGAAGAGCCCGUUCCGGGGUAAUUGUACUUCCCUGCGGAGCUGGAAAGUCCCUGGUGGGCGUCACCGCCUGCUGUACUGUAAGAAAGCGAGCCCUCGUCCUCUGCAACAGUGGCGUUUCCGUGGAGCAGUGGAAGCAGCAGUUCAAAAUGUGGUCCACAGCCGACGACAGCAUGAUUUGUAGGUUCACCUCGGAGGCAAAAGACAAACCCAUGGGCUGCGGCAUACUGGUGACCACCUACUCCAUGAUAACACACACGCAAAAGAGAUCCUGGGAGGCCGAGCAGACGAUGCGCUGGCUGCAGGAACAGGAAUGGGGCAUCAUGGUGCUGGACGAGGUGCACACAAUUCCAGCCAAAAUGUUCCGUCGCGUGCUGACCAUCGUUCAAUCGCAUUGCAAGUUGGGUCUAACAGCCACACUUCUUCGUGAAGACGACAAGAUUGCGGAUCUGAACUUCCUCAUUGGACCCAAGCUCUAUGAAGCUAACUGGUUGGAGCUGCAGAAGAAGGGAUACAUUGCACGCGUCCAGUGCGCCGAGGUGUGGUGCCCCAUGUCGCCGGAGUUCUACCGCGAGUACCUGACCACCAAGACCUCGAAGAAGAUGCUGCUCUAUGUGAUGAAUCCCUCCAAGUUCCGCAGCUGCCAGUUUCUGAUUAAAUAUCACGAGCAGCGAGGCGACAAAACGAUUGUCUUCUCGGACAAUGUGUUUGCCCUAAAGCACUAUGCAAUUAAGAUGAACAAGCCCUUUAUCUACGGUCCCACAUCGCAAAACGAGCGUAUCCAGAUCCUGCAGAACUUUAAGUUUAACUCGAAGGUAAACACCAUAUUCGUGUCCAAAGUGGCCGACACCAGUUUCGAUUUGCCCGAGGCGAAUGUGCUUAUUCAGAUCUCUUCGCAUGGCGGUUCUCGUCGCCAGGAGGCUCAGCGUCUCGGUCGAAUUCUGCGUGCCAAGAAGGGCGCCAUCGCCGAGGAGUACAACGCCUUCUUCUACACCCUCGUCUCGCAGGACACCAUGGAGAUGAGUUACUCGCGCAAGCGACAGCGGUUCCUGGUCAACCAGGGCUACAGCUACAAGGUUAUCACGCAUCUCAAGGGCAUGGACACGGACGCGGAUCUGAUGUACGGCACCCAGGAGGAGCAGGGACAGCUGCUGCAGUUGGUCCUGUCCGCCUCCGAUUUGGACUGCGAGGAUGAGAAGCUGCCGGGCGAGCCGGGCUUCCGUCCAGGUGGUUCGGGCGGCACUGUGCGACGAGCUGGUGGACUCAGCUCCAUGUCAGGCGGGGACGACGCCAUCUACUACGAGCACCGACGCAAGAAUGUCGGAAGCGUGCAUCCUCUGUUCAAGAAGUUCAGGGGUUAGACUUAAGAAUAAACGUAGACAAGCUGUGAAGCAUGAAUAAAAUUCUAUAAA